CUCUCUUCUCUACUGACAAAAGCAAUAAAUAAUCAGCCAUCAGUGAAGAACCAAGAAGAACACUUUACAGAAGGAUCUUUGUGAAGUUUGUUUCUGGAUAGACAGCAGAUCUUUGUGAUUCUGGUGGUGAUUCAUUCUUUAAACUGUUGUUCAGAAAGUGAAAGUAAAGUUUAGAUCGCUGGAGCUCAAAGACUGAAAAUGGCUUCACUAUCUGUAGAUGAUUUUUCUUGUCCUGUAUGUCAUGAAAUCUUCAAGAAUCCUGUUCUUCUGUCGUGUAGUCACAGUUUCUGUAAAGAGUGUCUUCAGAAGUUCUGGAGAAGCAAGAAAACUCAGGAGUGUCCCGUCUGCAGUAGAAGAUCCUCAAAAUCUGAACCUCCUCCUAAUCUCGCAUUAAAAAACUUGUGUGAGUCGUUCCUGAAGGAGAGAAAUGAGAGGCGUUCAUCAGGAUCUGAGGAGAUCUGCAGUUUACACAGUGAGAAACUCAAACUCUUCUGUCUGGAGGACAAACAGCCGGUGUGUGUAGUGUGCAGAGAUUCAAAACAACACGAUAAUCAUAAAUUCAGACCCAUCAGUGAAGUGGUUUCAUCAUAUAAGGAGGAGCUGAAUACAGCACUGAAAUCAUUACAGGAGAAACUUCAACACAAUGGAAAAAUGAAAGGAGAGUUUAAGAAAACAGCUGAACACAUCAAGUCUCAAGCUGAGCACACAGAGCGUCAGAUUAAACAGCAGUUUGAGAAGCUCCAUCAGUUUCUCAGAGAUGAAGAAGAAGCUACAAUCACUGCACUGAGGGAGGAAGAGGAGCAGAAGAAGCAGAUGAUGAAGGAGAAGCUGGAGGAGAUGAACAGACACAUCUCAGCUCUUUCACACACAAUCAAAGACAUGGAGGAGAUGAUGAAAGCCAGUGACGUCUGCUUUCUGAAGGAGUUUCCAGUCUCAAUGGAAAGAGUCCAGAUCUCAUCACAGCCGGAUCCACAGACGCCUUCUGGAGCUUUGAUUCAUGUGCCACGUUACUUGGGCAACCUGCCCUUCAGAGUCUGGAAGAAGAUGCAGGACAUCGUCCAGAACACUCCUGUGAUUCUGGAUCCAAACACGGCUCAUCGAUCUCUCCUUCUGUCUGAUGAUCUGACCAGUGUGAGAACCAGCGGAUAUCAACCUGUUCCUGAUAAUCCAGAGAGAUUUGACUAUGAUUACUGUGUUCUGGGUUCAGAGGGUUUUAACUCAGGAACACACUGCUGGGAUGUGGAGGUUAAACAGAGUUCACACUGGAGACUUGGAGUAACUACAGCAUCAAACCAGAGGAAGGGACGGGGUUUCUAUAAGACUGGUGUCUGGAGUGUGUGGUAUCGUCAGAAAGGGUUGGGUUUCUUCAGCAUUUUAAAGUAUAAUCAGUACGGAUGGUCUCCAGGUUCUGGUUUUCAUGUUGAACAGCAGCUUGAUCGUGUGAGAGUGAAUCUGGACUAUGACGGAGGAACGGUGUCAUUCUCUGAUCCUGUAACUAACACACAUCUACACACAUUCACAACCUCCUUCACUCACACACUCUUCCCUUUCUUCUGUAAUUAUGAUUAUUCCUCUCUGAGGAUCUUAUCGAUCAAUAGUCAGUAAUCUGUAGAUCUGGAUCUUCCUGCUUUCAUCUUUCAUCAUGUUUCAAUAUUUAAUCCAGAUCACACGAGUAAGAGACUGUUGAUCUGAACAUCAGAUCAGAAAACAAGUACAUUUAUUCACCUUUAAAAAUUAAAGAUUGUCUAUAAUCUUCUUCAUCGAGUUCAAGCUGCAUGAUAAUAUCAUAUUGUGUGUAGUAUUGCAGAACUGAAAGAGUCGAUUCAACACAUGUUCAGUGUUUGUUGUAAAUGAAUAAUUGUUUAUUUCAGUUCUAGAGAUUAAAUUAUCGUCUGUUUAUUGAAGUAAAUGAAUGUAAAAGGUUCUUGAUCCACAACAAUGCUGAAUAUUAAUAUAUAUUUUAGAAAUACUUGAUUCAGCUGUUUAUGAAUCUGAUUCUCAGAUCAAAUGAUCAAAUGAGACUGAAAUCUCUGACAAAGUCUGAAUCAGUUUCACAACAAAUAUUAAUAAUCGCUUGAAUAAACUAACAAUGUGUGAUUUCAUGAUUUCAGUCAUUUUCAGAUUGAAACAAAGUUUGUCGUGAUAAUUAGGAUUUAAACUGUGGUAAAAAGCCUGGGAAAUCUGAUUAUUAUUAUUAUUAUUUUUAUUUUUUGUUCCUGCAAUGAAAUAUUAAAAUCAUAUUUAUUUCUAUAGAGCUUUAUAUAACACAGAUUGAUUCUGCAGCUUUAUAUUAAUAAACA